AUGCCAGGAGCCAUGCAAAUCUCUUCCUUAAUUUUUGCUGCCCUCAUUCUUCUUGCUCAAGUUUUCCCAGCCAUAGGAGGAAUUCAUAGACCAAUAUUGUGUAAGAAUAUGGACGGUCGCUGUGAAGCUGAAUGCCUUUCCUUUGAAGUAAAGAUUGGGGGCUGUAGAGCUGAGUUAAUACCAUUUUGCUGCAAAAAAAGAAAUAAAACUUAA